GCGAAAUUUUCUGGGAGCUGCUGCUGCUGUCAACCCUUUUGCGCAUGCUUCGUAUACGAUCUCUUUCUGUCUUCCCUGUCGUUCGUUUGAAAAGGGCAAUGUCCACGACUGCUGUUGCUACUACCGCCACUACUGCUACCACUUCUACUACUGGUGCCGAAGAGGCUUCUUCUCAGAUCCACCGUGUCAAAGUACUCAAUUUACCCACCCACGAAAACAGUGCUAUCAAAAAGCUUCUUCAGUCACAUGGCGUGGAACGAUUUAAAAAGGCACCUAAAUGGCGAUACGCAUUUAUCAACUUUGAGAGCGAGGAAGCUGCUAGAGAAGCAAUGAAAAAGUUAGAAGGCGUUGAGUUUAAGAAGAAGACUCUGACCUCAGAAUAUUCGGCUGUCAAUAAAGCAGCGUUCCGAGAACGAUUCCAGAAUAAGCAAAAGGAAAGAACAGAGGAAGCCGAAAAUGACACACGCACACCUGCAGAGCGAUUGGCAGAUCAAGUAACCCCACUUCACAGGGUUCCAUAUGAAGAACAAUUGGCAAAGAAACACAAAACCAGUAUUGCCCAUUUGAACAAGUUUAAACGACGAAUGACUCAGUUACAAGAUCUAAAUGAUGCUAGCAAAGCCCAAAUUGGAUGGGCUUUUGAAAAGAAUGGAUUGCCGUUUGAAGUAUUGGAUCCUAUCGCAUCACCCGAAAUCAAUGGCUAUCGUACAAAAUGCGAGUUUACUAUCGGACGCAAUCCAGAAAGCGAGCCUACUGUUGGUUUUUUACUUGGUCUAUAUCGACAUGGCAUCACAUCCGUACUUGGCCCUGACGAUUGUCUCCAUGUACCCGAUAUCUCCAAGCGGAUAGCGAGUGCCAUGCAGGAUUAUGUUCGUGCAUCUGAGUAUCCAGUAUAUGACAGAGUGGAUAAGGUUGGCGUAUGGCGAUCCAUUAUGGUGAAGGCACAAAAAACCGGUGAUGUACUUAUUCUGGUACAGCUCAAAUCAAUUGAUCUUACUGAAGAGCAGCUAGCAAAGGAAAAGAAAAAGUUGAUCGAAUAUUGGAGCAAUUUUGCGAACAAGCCUGGGAACGAAAAGUUCAAUGUGACGACAUUACUCUUGCAAGUAUGGAAUGGCGAUGCCAACGGUAUUACGGAAAAGGGACACACAGAAAUAUUGAUCGGUAAUGGUUAUGUAUAUGAAGAACUCUUGGGUUGCCGGUUCCGCUUAUCAAGCAGUGCGUUCUUUCAAGUGAACACACCUGCCACAGAAUUGCUAUAUACCCAAUGCGCCGAAUGGUGCAACAUUGACAAGAACAAAAAAACAACCUUAUUGGACCUGUGUUGUGGUACAGGGGCAAUCGGCAUCACCAUGGCCAAAAGCGUGGAUCGCGUAAUUGGUAUUGAGAUGAUUGCUGAUGCUAUUGUUGACGCCAAAGCCAAUGCCGAAAUGAACAAAAUUGUCAAUGUUCAAUACCACGCCAGCAAAGUUGAGGAACGAAUUGAUGUGGUCACCAACGAAAAGAACGAAGAAGUUGUGGCUGUCCUUGAUCCACCAAGAAAUGGUGUUCAUAGCAGCGUAGUCCGUGCUGUUCGUGAGUCGCCCCAGAUUCGUAAAGUCAUAUUUAUCAGCUGUGAUGCGAACCAGGCUUUGCAAAACUUUAUCAGCUUAUGUCGCCCAACGUCCAACCGAUUCAAGGGAUUGCCUUUCCGACCGUCGCGAGCUGUGUCGAUUGACUUGUUCCCGCAUACUGAACAUUGUGAGCUAAUGAUUGAAUUUGUGCGCAUCGAUGAAGAGAAGGAGACGCACCACGAAGAAGCAACAAGCGAAAGGGCAUAGGAUAAAAGGGAAAUGCCAAGUCUCCUUGGCGUGACUUGUGACGAGAGCUCAGCAUCAUCCGCAGUAAACCACAGCAUGACAAAGCCGGGCUU